UAAAAAAAAUAUUUCUACCUUCAAUUUCAUUAGAAUAAUCAAGUAGGUCUCGUUUUUCGUUUCGGCUAAAGACUAAAGAGCAAGAGCCUAAUAAUUUUAUUUUUAACAUAUCCGACGACCCUUAGAAGCUAAAGCUAAAUUUUUCGAGUUUUAUCUCACAAUAAAAUCAACUGGGAUUGCAAAAUUAAUAAAAAAAAAGUGAUUCCUUAUCGAGAAGAGCGACAAAUAAACAAAAGAAAAUCUCAAUUUAUCACAUUCCCAGGCCCAAAAAAAAGGACUAAAAAGAUAACAUAAAAUGCAUAGAGCAAGUUCAGCGUUUAGUUUGGCCUUAGCGCCAGCAGGAUCUCAACAUUUUGCAGCAUGGCUUCUUCGCGGUGCAAACAAAAGCAAAAUUGUAAGAGAUAUCCUACCCGCGGCAUCAGUAAAGCUGUACAGUUCGUCAGCUUCCGAACCGUUUUUGAAUGGCACAACAUCCAGCUAUGUAGAGGACAUGUAUAAUGCGUGGUUGCGUGAUCCAAGAUCAGUUCAUAUUUCGUGGGAUUCCUAUUUCCGAUCUAACACUUAUACUGCACCCCCAAACCAUGCUCCAAUAGAAAGGAAUACAAUACCCCUAUCAGCGAUCACAUCGUUAGAUGGCGGUCAACCUGAUGCUAAGACGAUUGAUGACCAUUUGGCUGUACAAGCUAUCAUUAGGAGUUAUCAGUCUCGUGGGCAUUUGGCCGCGGAUCUGGACCCAAUGGGAAUCCUUAAUCAAGAAAUAUCAGUUAGUAAGGAUGGUGUCAAGCGUCGCGCCAACGAAAACGUUCUAAGGCAACAUAGUUGGUUCAUGACUGGUCAAAAUGACAUGGAUAGAAAAUUCAAACUUCCUAGCACAACAUUUAUUGGAGGUGAUGAGACAGCUUUAUCGCUGAGGGAAAUUUUGAGCAGAUUGGAAAAUGUUUACUGCAACAAAAUUGGUGUUGAGUUCAUGUUCAUCAAUUCGUUGGAACAAUGUAACUGGAUCCGAAAGAGGUUUGAGAGUCCUGGUGUGUUGAACUUCAGCCCCGAACAGAAACGUUUGAUUCUAGCUCGUCUUACUCGUGCUACUGGUUUUGAAGCGUUUUUGGCCAAAAAAUAUUCUUCGGAAAAAAGAUUUGGACUUGAAGGUUGUGAAAUGAUGAUCCCUGCAUUGAAAGAAAUCAUCGACGUGUCAACUGAACUUGGUGUGGAAUCUGUCAUUAUGGGUAUGCCCCACAGAGGACGAUUGAACACUCUGGCUAAUGUUUGCCGCAAGCCUUUGCAUCAAAUAUUUACGCAGUUCGCUGGUCUCGAAGCUGCCGAUGACGGUUCUGGUGAUGUGAAAUACCAUUUAGGAACCUAUAUCGAACGUUUGAACCGAGUUACAAACAAAAAUAUUCGCUUGGCUGUUGUUGCUAACCCCUCACAUUUAGAAGCUGUUGAUCCAGUAGUUCAGGGAAAAACUCGUGCCGAACAAUUUUACCGCGGUGACAGCGAGGGCAAGAAAGUUAUGUCUAUUCUCAUUCACGGUGAUGCUGCAUUCUGUGGUCAAGGUGUUGUCUAUGAAACAAUGCACUUGUCGGACUUACCAGACUACACAACACACGGAACUAUUCAUGUUGUUGCCAACAACCAGAUUGGAUUCACUACUGAUCCUCGUUUUUCGCGAUCAUCGCCUUAUUGCACAGACGUCGCCCGAGUUGUGAAUGCCCCUAUUUUCCAUGUUAAUGCUGAUGACCCAGAAGCUGUGAUGCAUGUUUGCAAAGUUGCUGCCGAAUGGCGUGCAACAUUCCACAAGGAUUGUGUUAUUGAUCUCGUUGGCUAUCGUCGCAAUGGACACAAUGAAGUCGAUGAGCCAAUGUUUACCCAACCCUUGAUGUACCAAAAGAUCCGCAAUCAUAAAAACUGUUUGGACUUGUAUGCUGAUAAACUGAUUGCAGAGGGAACUUGCACAGCUGAGGAUGUGAAAUCUGUACAUGAUAAAUAUGAAAAGAUUUGUGAAGAAGCUUUCGAAUUGGCCAAAAAAGAAACGCAUGUUAAGUACAAAGAUUGGAUUGAUUCUCCAUGGUCUGGAUUCUUCGAAGGAAAAGAUCCCCUUAAAUUGAUACCAACUGGUGUCAAGGAAGAAACUCUUGUCCACAUCGGAAACCGUUUCUCAAGCCCCCCUCCAAAUGCAGCUGAAUUUGUCAUCCACAAGGGUUUGUUGAGAGUGUUAGCUGCUCGCAAAGAAAUGGUGGACAAACGGACUGUUGACUGGGCUCUCGGUGAAGCUAUGGCUUUCGGCUCACUUCUAAAGGAAGGAAUCCAUGUCCGUCUAUCCGGUCAAGAUGUUGAGCGUGGUACAUUCUCACAUCGUCAUCACGUUCUUCACCAUCAAUUAGUUGAUAAGGCAACUUACAACUCAUUGUGUCACAUGUAUCCCGAUCAAGCUCCUUACUCUGUAUCGAACAGUUCCCUCUCCGAAUACGCUGUCCUCGGAUUUGAACACGGUUAUUCAAUGACCAAUCCAAACGCCCUUGUGCUCUGGGAAGCCCAAUUUGGAGACUUCAAUAACACAGCUCAAUGUAUUAUCGAUCAAUUUAUCUCAAGUGGGCAAGCUAAGUGGGUUCGUCAAUCUGGAUUGGUAAUGCUGCUUCCUCACGGUAUGGAAGGUAUGGGACCUGAGCAUUCUUCGGCUAGAUUGGAACGUUUCCUUCAAUUGUCCUCUGACGAUUCUGACUACUUCCCCCCCGAAUCUGAUGAGUUCUCCAUUAGACAACUUCACGAUAUUAACUGGAUCGUUGCAAAUUGCACAACCCCUGCAAACUACUUCCAUAUCUUGAGAAGGCAAAUCUCUUUGCCCUUCCGCAAACCCUUGAUUCUCAUGACCCCUAAAUCGUUGUUGCGACACCCAGAAGCCAGGAGUUCUUUCGACGAAAUGUGUAAGGGAACCGAAUUCCAAAGAAUUAUCCCCGAUAAUGGUCCAGCUGGUGAGAACCCAAAUGGUGUUAAGAAAGUGGUGUUCUGUUCUGGCAAGGUCUACUACGAUCUGACUAAGGUGCGAGCCGAUAAGAAGAUUGAAAACGAAAUUGCUAUUAUUAGAAUUGAACAAAUUUCUCCCUUCCCAUUCGAUUUAGUCAAAGAAGAAGCAGCUAAGUACAAAGACGCUGAAUUAAUUUGGGUUCAAGAAGAACACAAGAACCAAGGCGCUUGGACAUAUGUGCAACCUCGCUUCUUGACAGCACUUAACCACUGUCGGGACAUCAGCCCAAAUGGUCAAGAUGUUUCCCCAUCCAUAACCACCUCUAGCAAUCAUAAUAACCCUAGUGCUAACAGUGGAACAUGGUUGAGUCGAAUGUUCGUCCAAACACAAUCAUCUACACAAAACACCGCUGAUUCAUAUAGUGCCAAACACUUCGAUCUGAAAUUUGAUUCACGCAAAGAUUUUAAUAGACCCUCAGAUGGAAAUGCUGCAAAGAACCGUAACACAAAAAUUGGAAGAAAAAUUAGCUAUGUAGGCCGCCCCACUGGAGCAUCUACCGCCACUGGAUCGAAAGCAAUGCACAUCCGUGAACUGAACGCCUUUUUAAAUGAUGCUAUGGCACUAUAGAUCCUUACAUUAUUAACUGAGAACUAAACAAAUAGUGGUUGAUUUUAGAACAGACUCAAAAUUUAUAGUAUGGAGUGACCACACGUCUUUUGUUUUAUUAUUUUAUUAUUUUCCGAGUAAGAACUAUGUUUUAAAUAUUUAUUAAUUUAUUUUUUCAGUUGAGGUUAAAUUGUUAUCUUUUCUUACUAUGCAACAAGUUCACAAAGACUCGUUUAAAAGUUCAUAGACGUUUAUACAUAUAUUUUAAUAUUUUUUUGUUUAGCGCGAUCGUUCCAUGGUUCGAUCACAAGAAAAAAGUAAAGAAAAACUUAUUUGAGUUGUGUUUGCAUAAGCGUUUUAUUUUUUAAAAAUGUAUAUUUUAAGAUUUAUGUAACGAAAGAUUUAAAUAUAAACUAAAAUGAAAAAUGCUCUAAAAGAGUUAUAUUGUAUUACGGAGAUAUUUUUGAUAAAGUCAAGAGUUAUUUCGUUUCAUUAAUUUAGACCAAUAAAAAACAAUCUAAUUUGCAAACCUAUUUAAGAAAAAACAAAAAAACUGAAUUCAUACUGUCGUUUAUAAAGGUUCUUUGUGCUAGCUAGUAUUGUAAGAAAUCCAAACGAAAAAUAAAUAUAUUAAAUACAUAUUUAAAUUAGUCGACAAAAAAAAAUAAGAACUGGCGAUCUAAUUUACGAAAAGAAGAAAAAACAAAAUAAGAAACUAUGUUAAACAAAAAAGUAGCGCCUUGAUUUGUAAUCAAAUACACACAACUAAAACGUGAUAAAGAGCGAUAUUGAUUUUUUUAAUGUAAUGAUUGUUAUUUAUUAUUAGAAAUUAACAAAAAGCACCUACCUUCUAAAUUAUACCAUUUAGUUUUUUUUAUUUCUUUUGAAAUAAAAUUAAUAAAGCAAAAAUGAGUAUAAAAUGUAUGUAUAACAACAAUUCUACACUUGCACCAAAAUAAAUAAAAGUAAAGUAAAAUCAA